UGUCAACAAGCCAAAACAACCAAAACAACCAAAACAACCAAACAUGAAAUUCUUCGCCGUCUGCUUCUUCGCUGUUGUGGCUGUGGCUGCUGCCAAGCCCGGCAUUGUGGCUCCUUUGGCCUACACCGCACCAGCUGUCGUCGGCAGCGCCGCCUACGUGGCACCCUAUGCCUCCAGCUACACCGCCCACCAGGUGGCCCAUAGCGCCGCCUUCCCAGCUGCCUACACCGCCGCCUAUACCGCUCCAGUUGCUGCCGCCUACACCUCACCUAUUGCCGCCGCCUACAGCUCACCUAUUGCCGCCGCCUACUCCGCUCCCAUUGCUGCCGCCUACAGCUCACCCUUUGCCGCCGCCUACACCUCGCCCUUUGCUGCACCCAUCGCCCGCUAUGCCGCAGCUGCUCCGCUGGCGUACAGCGCGCCCGUCGCUGCGCCCGUGCUGCUGAAGAAGUGAAGCGCUCAAAUGUGACCAAUUCUUGACAUUCUCUCUGGUGUAAAUAAAGAUUUGUACAUAUAGUAUAUACAUCCGCAAAA